GGAGGGGAUCCUCCAUCGAGGGAGAACGAAGGAACGGGAGAACAUACCGGACUUUCUCUUUCUCUCCGGCAGGCGUUCCAGCUGAUCGACAACAACAAGGACGGGGUGAUCGACAAGCACGACCUGAGGAAGACGUACGAGUCCCUCGGGAUCAGCGCCACCGAAUCCGAACUGGAGAAGAUGAUGUCCGAGGCCCCGGGAGCGAUCAACUUCACCAUGUUCCUCACCCUGUUCGGAGAGAAGUUCGCCUCGGUCGCCGACCCGGAAGAACUCGGGAUGGCCUUCAAGGCCUGGGAUCCCGAGAUCAAGGGACUCGUCGACGAAGACACCAUUCGGCACGACCUGAUGACCUGGGGAGAUAAGUUCACCACUCAAGAGUGCGACUUGGCCCUACGAGAUGCCCCCAUCUACGAGAAGGAAGGGAAAUCCUGGAUCGACUACCCCAACUACGUCAAGGUCAUCUGCGGUGGAGAAGAGGAGGAAUAGUUCCUGCCUUGCCUUGCCUUCAGGCACGAGUGGAGGUCCCCGCGAAAUCCCAAGGAAACUAGUGUCACAUGAAUCGCUGAAACGUACUGCCAUCGCCAACCAGGAUCCAGUUCAUCUCGUAUCGUCCGGUGCUCAUUUGGAUGGAAAAUGUUUCGUCUGGAAAUCUUUCAAAUACAGGUCUCGUUCCGCGUUUCAUCCGGC